AUUAUAAAAAUGGGACUGAGUAUCCAUCUAUAUAUACACCUGUACACACCUGUACGUAGUAUCCAAUCAGUGAAAUCGUGCGGCCUUCAUUUUAGGGCUUUAGAGAGAGAGAGAGAGAGAGAGUGUGUGUGUGUGUGCGCGUAAAGUAGUGAGAGGGUAGAUGGCGGAGGAGAGCGGCGCCGCUACCGAUUUCCCAGUGAAGAGGCAGAGGGAGGACGAAGAAUUGAACAACCACCACAACCACAAACACAACGGUGUCGAAAUGGAAGGAAUCAACGACAAUAAUAGUAUUAGCACCAACAAAGAGUCUGAAUAUAUUUCAUCUGUUAUACCCGGUUGGUUUUCUGAGAUCAGCCCAAUGUGGCCAGGAGAAGCACAUUCUUUGAAGGUGGAAAAGAUCUUAUUUCAAGGAAAAUCUGAAUACCAGAAUGUUAUGGUUUUCCAGUCUUCAACCUAUGGAAAUGUUCUUGUUUUGGAUGGUGUGAUUCAACUCACAGAGAGGGAUGAAUGCGCAUAUCAAGAAAUGAUUGUACAUCUCCCACUUUGCUCGAUUCCCAAUCCAAAGAAGGUUUUGGUUAUUGGAGGAGGGGAUGGCGGUGUCUUACGUGAAGUGUCUCGCCAUUCUUCUGUUGAGCAGAUAGAUAUUUGUGAAAUUGAUAAAAUGGUCGUUGAUGUUUCUGAACAAUUUUUCCCUCACGUCUCUAUCGGAUAUAAGGAUCCCCGUGUAACUCUACAUAUUGGUGAUGGCGUUGCUUUUUUGAAAGCUGUUCAUGAAGGAACUUAUGAUGCAAUUAUAGUAGACUCUUCUGAUCCAAUAGGUCCUGCACAGGAACUUUUUGAAAAGCCAUUUUUUGAGUCAGUAGCAAAGGCUCUUCGUCCUGGAGGGGUUAUUUGUACUCAAGCAGAAAGCAUAUGGCUUCACAUGCACAUAAUCGAAGAUAUUGUUGCAAAUUGCCGCCAGAUAUUCAAAGGCUCUGUCAACUAUGCAUGGACCUCAGUUCCUACAUACCCAAGUGGGGUGAUUGGUUUCAUGCUUUGCUCUACCGAGGGGCCGCCCGUGGAUUUCAAGCAUCCAAUCAACCCAAUAGAGGGUGAUGAUAGCCAUUGCAAAUCAAACGGGCCCUUGAAAUUCUACAACAAAGAGAUGCAUGCAGCAGCUUUCUGUUUGCCGUCUUUUGCCAAAAAGGUGAUCGAAUCGAAAGCUAUAUGAGCAAUUUCUUUUUGAGGCAUUCAAGGAGCGAGAUGUAGCUAUCGGAGGGUUCCCUUCAUCCUCAGUGAGGUUUCAAAUUUGAUGCCCUGAGUGUGCACCAUUGUCUAAUUGGAUAGAGUUUUAUGAUAUUUGCCAGCAUAGGGAUGAAUGUGUUUUUCUUGAGAAGAUUACUCUGGUUCUUAGCAUCCAUUUGCAGUUGACAAUAAUGACCAGAGUUCACGAUUUCAGUAGAUGGCACCUAUGUGAGGUCACUGGAACAAGAAGAUUUUUUUUCAUCUUUUUUAUCAGUACAUGAACCCUAAUGAUAUUGCAUCAUUGACAAAAA